AAAAAAAAAAAAUCUAACUACCUAGUCGGAUUCCCCAAUUCCGACUAGGGUAUUUCAUUUAAAAAAAAAUUGCAAUCCUAAAUCGACUAAUUUAUAAAUGGUACUCUAAUUUAAAAAAAAAAAAUCAAGUGCCUAGUCGGAAUUCGGGAAUCCGACUAGGGUAUUAUUUUAAAAAAAAAAAUUGUAUUCCUUCGUUUAAUAAAUCGGCUCUAAUUUUAAAAAUUAGAGCCGAUUCCAAAGAUUCCAAAGACCGUGUAUGGUAUGAACCACUUCGUGCCCAUCGUGCAGACCGUGUAUGGUAUGAACCAGAUUCCAAACACUCGUGCUUGAAAUGCGUCAGUUGCCCUUCAGCUGCAUUCGGAUGUGAAGCGCGAGAUGAAAGGGUGAUAAAUAUGUUAGCAUAUGCUGGGUUCUUGGGGGUAGAGCACAUUGCCCGUAUGAAGGUGGAUCAUAGUUUAAUAUGCGCGUUGGUGGAGAGAUGGAGGCCGGAGACACAUACUUUCCAUCUUCCAUUCGGUGAGGUCGGCAUUAGUCUACAAGAUGUGGCGGUAAUCCUUGGUUUGCCCAUUCAGGGUAUGCCCCUCAGUGGUCCAACCAUUAGGGGUAAGGAUCAGUGGAUCGACCUGUGCACUCAAUCGUGUGGUUUCACUCCUCUACAGACUGAUAUGCGCACGAGUGAUAUCACUAUGAGUGUCGUUACCUGUCACCGGAUCCUAGAUGACAGUACAGACGAAGAGGUGACCCAACACACCAGGACUCUAAUAUGACAAUUGCUUGGAGGGUUUUUGUUCCCUGACACGAGUGGGGCAAGAAUACGAUUGUACUUUUUGGAGGUCUUGCAGGGUGACUUGGCUUUAGCCCGUCGCUGGAGUUGGGGAUCAGCGGUUCUCGGGUACCUAUACCAUAACUUGUGCAACGGCACAAUGUGGGAAACCAAACAAGUUGGCGGUUGUAUGCACUUGUUACAGAUUUGGGCUUGGUCGAGGAUUUCGAUGGUCCGUCCCUCAGCACUUCAGGUCAUUCAACAUGGCCAUCUUCCAUAUGGGUGCAAGUAUGUUGUCAAUUACAUCUUAAUAAUUGAGAAUGCUUUACAUGACGUUACAUUUUUUAACUUCAUAUCGGUAAUCAAUAAAUGUAGGUGGAUCGUCCCCAAGUCGUAUAAGGGAUCCCCAAGACAUUGCAUACGCUUGUACCGGGAUGACCUAGACCGCAUGACUGAGAGUCAGUUUGAUUUCACUCCCUACGCGUCCGAGAUGCUCCCGCCUCUCAUCCUUAAUGAUGCUCCGCUUUGGUCGGCUAGAGUCAUGCUCAUAUUUUGCAAUAUGGCCGAAAUGCAUUACCCGGAUCGAUUUCUUCGGCAGUUCGGUAUAAGGCAAGACAUUCCGAAUGCUCCUUUGCCGGGUACUGAUCAUCACGGAUCUCGUUCCAACAUAGUAAUCGGUGCCUUGGCGAUGUGGGCGGACAUACAACAUAAUAUAUACGUUCUUGAUUAUGAUCGAUAUAUGUCCCUCGAAGCAACUAAAAGGUACCGAAACUGGUACAAGAAGCAUGGUAUGACACGUGUCCAGAACCCUUCUCACAAUGUGCCCACGACAGGCUACACCCCGACAGCACACGAUUGGGGUAUUGUGAAGCAAGGCGUUCACGAGGUGUAUC